AUGGAUUCUAACCUAGUGCUCUUGGGCGGAUUCGUUGCUCUUGUAGUGAUUGUACUGAUUGCGCGGUUCCUAAACACCACCAAGAACGUUCCGGUUUUGGCUAAAGAUGAGUUCAGGGAAUUUCCAUUAGUUGCCAAGACCGUGCUUACUCACAACACGGCUGUAUAUAGAUUUGGCCUUCCUAAGCACACUGAUGUUUUGGGAUUACCCAUUGGGCAACACAUCUCAAUUCAAGGGUUCAUGAAAGAUGGGAAGGAGAUCAUGCGUUCAUACACACCCACUUCUCUCGAUUCAGACUCUGUCGGGUUUUUCGAGCUUUUGCUAAAAUCCUAUGAACUUGGUAAUGUUUCAAAGAUGGUAGGUGAGCUAGAAAUUGGCGACAAGAUCAAAGUUCGUGGUCCAAAAGGUUUCUACACCUACACCCCUAACAUGAAUUCCGAAAUCGGGAUGAUCGCGGGCGGCACUGGUAUUGCGCCAAUGUAUCAAAUAAUCAAAUCGAUUCAUGCCGAUCCAAAGGAUCAAACCAAGGUCUCUAUCGUUUACGGUAGUCAAACAGAAGACGACAUUCUGUUGAAGAAAGAACUCGAUGCGAUUGUCGAAUCUCAUCCUGACCAAUUCAAAGUCCAUUACCUUUUGGAUAAACCUGCCAGAGAUACUUGGAAUGGCGGUGUGGGCUACGUGACUGCAGAUGUCAUGAAAGAGCAUCUGCCCACUCCAAACGAAGGCUCUCAAAUAUUAGUAUGUGGUCCUCCUGGUAUGGUGUCCGCCGUGAAGAAAAAUGCAGUUGCUCUAGGCUUCGAGAAGGCCAAGCCUGUUUCCAAGAUGGGAGAUCAAGUGUUUGUAUUCUAG